AUGACAUACUCCGAAUCUACAGCACCCGUCCCACUCAUCAUCGAUACAGACCCAGGGGUCGACGAUGUGCUCGCUAUCUUGCUUGCACUCGCUUCUCCCGACGAGGUGGCAGUCAAGGCCAUCACUCUGACGUUUGGCAACACAACAUUGGACCACGCCUAUGCAAAUGUGCUGAGGUUGGCUGCUGUCCUGCAACGCCACCUGGCAGAUCCCGCUACACCCGAUGUGGUCAAGCAACGCUACCGCGCCUUUAGCGCUGAUGCCGAACCUUUGAUCGUCGCUUCAGGAUCUACGCAGCCGUUGGAGGGCAAGAGGUUCACUGCUUCUUACUUUCAUGGCCGAGAUGGUCUGUCUGGAGUCAACUGGCUACCCAACGAUCCAUUCCCCGUACCUACGGAAAUUGUUGCCCCGCUGGCUCCAACGGACAAAUCCGCGGCAGACGUGAUCCUCGACACGAUCCGACAACAUCCUCCUCACACUGUCCGCAUUGCAGCGCUGGGACCUUUGACUAACCUUGCUGCCGCCUUCCGCAAAGAUCCCGAGACGUUCGCCAAGGUCGGUGGUAUUUCUGUCAUGGGAGGCGCAUUUGAUGUUCCGGGCAACACGUCGCCCGUCGCCGAGUUCAAUUGGUACGCCGAUCCUUACUCGGUGCGCGUGCUGAUCGACGAGGCUCCGCGACAUGCAGCACUUGCACGGCGCAAGCUGCCAAUACAGGUGCUGGCACUCGAUAUUACUUGCGGACAUACGGUGCCUUACUCCAGCUUAGUCAAAGCUACCUACGAGACGCCUCGGGACACACCUGAGCGCGCAAGUCAUUUAGCAAGGUUUAUAGGGACUUUCUUGACUCAUCCCCGAGCAUUCACCAACAACAUGGUCGCACCGGAAGAGUUUCACCCGGACAGACAUGACCUUUUCGAGGCACAUGAUCCACUUGCUGUCGCACAUGCCAUUUUUGCGCCCAUGCCUGCGACUGGAUCGAUCGACGGCAACGGAUGGAAGCAUACCCCGCGUCGAUUCCAGAUUGAAACCUCGGGCGAUCUCACCAGAGGCUUUUGUGUCGUCGACCGCAGGUUUACGGGUAAAGGCAGCAGUAGAAAGACGGGCGGAAACAGAGCAGAGGACGCCGAAAGAAAACUUCACACGAUUGAAAGUCCAGAUGUUCCGGUCCACCGCAAGGUCGAAGAGGUGGACGAGUCGCAGGUCGGGUUAGUUGACGAGGUUACGGGUACACCUGGGGCCGAGUGGUUCUCCAAGAUGUUCUUAGAGCGCAUUGGUUUAUGA